AUGGAUCAAGAAAGCCCGCUCUACUAUGGUCGAUCUGUGAAUAAGGUCUACAACCAAGAGUUCAUCAUUGAUCGCCGAUUCAAAAUCAUCAAAGAACUAGGCCACGGCGCGUAUGGAAUCGUCUGCUCUGCCAAGUAUGAUGACGGAUCGCAGCAAAAGGCAGCUUCAAAUUUGACAGAUGGCAAUAAUCUAUCGUCGUCAGCGGAUGGGUCAUACGUUGCCAUCAAAAAGAUCACCAACAUUUUUAGCAAGAAAAUCUUGUGUAAACGGGCUUUACGUGAGAUCAAGCUUCUUCAGUUUUUCCGUGGCCACAAGAACAUCACCUGCUUGUACGAUUUGGACGUUAUCCCCAACCCUUUAACUGGAGACUUUAACGAGAUUUACUUGUACGAGGAGCUCAUGGAAUGCGAUAUGCACCAGAUCAUCAGGUCGGGACAACCACUCACAGAUCUGCACUAUCAGUCGUUUAUAUACCAGAUUCUUUGUGGGCUCAAAUAUAUACACUCGGCCGACGUGCUACAUCGGGAUCUAAAGCCGGGAAACUUGCUCGUUAAUGCAGAUUGCGAGUUGAAGAUUUGUGAUUUUGGCCUUGCCAGAGGGUUUUCCGAAGACCCGGAACAAAACCAGGGAUUCAUGACGGAGUAUGUUGCCACGAGAUGGUACAGAGCACCCGAGAUCAUGCUCAGCUUUACCAAUUACACAAAGGCCAUCGAUGUUUGGUCUGUAGGAUGUAUCCUCGCGGAACUUUUAGGAGGCAAACCACUUUUCAGGGGCAAGGACUACGUCGAUCAGCUCAAUCAGAUAUUGAUGAUAUUGGGCACGCCCCCAGAAUCCACAUUGGUUAAAAUUGGCUCUCUACGUGCCCAGAACUACGUGCGAUCCUUGCCCACCAUGAAGAAAAUCAGCUAUAAGCAUCUUUUCCCCAACGCAAACCCACUUGCACUAGACUUGUUGGAGCGGAUGUUGACCUUGGACCCCUAUGAGAGAAUCACCGUUAACGAGGCAUUGAACCACAAGUACCUUGAAGUCUGGCACGAUCCAAGAGACGAGCCGGAAUGCCAGGUUAAAUUCGAUUUCAAGACAUUUGAAACGUACGAGGAGUUGGGAGAGAUGAAGCAGUUGAUAAUGGAGGAGGUGAAAGGGUUUAGAGAGUUUGUUAGAAAACCAAUAGAGGAACAACAGCAGAUUCAGCUACAAAUGCAGUUGAAGCAAAAGGAACAACAAGAGCAGGAACGAGAACGCAACGAGCAGCAGCAGCAGCACUUGAGCCAGCUUGAAGAAAGGGCUUACUACUCCAACAAUGUUUCCAUCGAUGUGCAGCUGCCCCAAACUAGAGAGUCCGAUUACCCCAAGCCUCAAGAGUUGAACGAUUUUUCCUAUUCGAACCUAGAAAUGGCGAACGACCAGUACAUGAGCGUUGAUCGUCCCGAUACUUACGAAGGCCCAGAAUUUGAGCUCAACUCUGCCGCGUUGGGACCAGACUACUACAAGCUAGAAGAAGAGCUUGGAUUUGGAUUGGACGGUAACACAUUUGGUAAUUUUGCACAAGAAUAA